UUGAUUCCGUAACUUAAAACGGUAAUAACGACGCUGUAUUUUUACCAUUUUAUCACUUAAAAUACUGAGACAUGCAACGUGCUUUCGAGGAACCGCACUGUGCCAUUUCCGUCGGAUCACCUACGCUCGUGGAGUUGCUGACAGACUGCGACAGUUUCCGGAAGGAAGAGUCGAGCUCUGUCGCCAGAAGCGAUGAUCCGGUUCAUAGCAUUAUAGAUGUCGAGGCUUUGCACGUAAAACCCGUGCGUUUUGUCUUAGCCUUUAACAAACUUGAAUACAACGUGACAUUUCGCCGGUGGUUUGAUUUCUCGAGGCCUCGAAGCUCCGAUACAGUGAAGACUCUACUCGAUGAUGUUUCCGGAGAGGCUUGUGAUGGAAACAUCCUCGCCGUUCUCGGUGCAAGCGGAGCCGGAAAGUCAACCUUGAUCGAUGCACUGGCGGGACGUGUUGCGAAGGAGAGUCUCAGAGGCUCUGUGACACUAAACGGGGAGAAUGUUUUGCAGUCGCAACUGUUGAAAGUGAUAUCAGCAUACGUGAUGCAAGACGAUCUUCUCUUCCCGAUGCUCACCGUUAAAGAAACCUUAAUGUUUGCUUCCGAGUUUCGUCUCCCAAGAAGCUUCCCCAAGUCAAAGAAGAUGGAGCGUGUCCAAGCCCUCAUCGACCAGCUAGGCCUCAGAGACGCGGCUGACACAGUUAUAGGAGACGAAGGACACCGUGGCGUCUCCGGUGGAGAGCGGCGACGCGUUUCAAUCGGUAUCGAAAUCAUCCACGACCCUAUUGUCUUGUUCCUAGACGAGCCUACGUCGGGGUUGGAUUCCAGCAACGCGUUUAUGGUGGUGCAGGUUCUUAAACGAAUCGCUCAAAGUGGCAGCGUUGUUGUUAUGUCGAUCCAUCAACCAAGCACUCGUAUCAUAGACUUGCUUGAUCGCCUUAUCAUCUUAUCUCGCGGAAAGAAUGUUUUUAGUGGCUCUCCGGCUAGCCUUCCUCGAUUCUUCUCUAACUUGGGACAUACAAUCCCUGAGAAAGAGAACAUCACCGAGUUCGCACUCGAUUUAGUUCGAAAACUAGAAGGAUCCACCGAAGGAACAAGAGAGUUGGUAGAGUUCAAUGAGAAGUGGCAGCAAGACAGUUGUGGACUCAGCCAAUCAGCUCGACCCACCCCACAAGGGUUAUCCUUAAAAGAAGCAAUAAUUGAGAGUGUAUCAAGAGGCAAACUAGUCUCGGGCUCAUCUGGAGCUACUAAUUUCACCUCCAUGGAAACAGUAUCUUCAUACACGAACCCGUCACUAUUCGAAACGUUCAUCUUAGCCAAACGUUACAUGAGAAACUGGAUCCGGAUGCCUGAGCUCCUAGGAACACGGAUCGCCAUCGUUAUGGUCACUGCAUUUCUCUUGGCCACUGUCUACUGGAAGCUGGACAACACUCCAAGAGGUGCACAAGAGAGACUGACUUUCUUCGCAUUUGUCGUUCCCACGACGUUCUACUUAUGUUUAGACAAUGUCCCGGUUUUUAUCCAAGAACGAUACAUUUUCUUGAGAGAGACAUCACGCAAUGCGUACAGAACAUCUUCCUAUGUCAUCUCCCACUCGCUGGUGUCUCUCCCGCAGCUUAUUGCUCCUUCCUUGGUAUUCUCCACGAUAACAUUCUGGACCGUUGGUUUGCGUGGCGGCUUAGAAGGCUUCGUCUUCUAUUGCCUCAUAAUCUACGCCUCGUUUUGGUCUGGAUCCUCCGUCGUUACUUUCAUAUCCGGUCUUGUUCCGCAUAUCAUGUUGAGUUACAUGGUCACCAUUGCCUAUGUCGCCUACUGUUUACUCUUGAGUGGCUUUUACGUUGUCCGUGAUCGUAUACCGAGCUACUGGAUCUGGUUUCAUUACAUUUCACCGAUAAAGUAUCCAUACGAAGCAGUGUUAAUCAAUGAGUUUGAUGACCCGUCUCGUUGCUUUGUCAAGGGAGUCCAAGUAUUUGAGGGUACCCUUCUCGGAGGAGUUAGCGAUAUGAAAAAGGUGGAGCUUCUUGAAACUCUAAGUAGAUCUCUAAGCACUAGGAUAACACAGUCCACGUGCUUGAGGACGGGGCCUGACUUUCUUUCACAGCAAGGUAUUCCUCAACUGAGUAAGUGGGAUUGCUUGUGGAUCACGUUAGCUUCGGGGCUCUUCUUUAGGAUCUUGUUUUACUUCGCGUUGCUGUUCGGGAGCAAAAAUAAGAGGACGUGAAAGUAGUCGCCAUAAAAAUAUUUAAAUAAGGCUUGAAACUUCAAAGUGUAUUAGAUUCUCGCUUGUUGUAGUUUUGAGCUAUUC